AUUCAAUCAAUUAUUAUUCACUCGGCCAUUAAAAUACAUUCAUUCAUUCAUAAGCUUAUAUCUACUCCCAUCAGCCCUACAGCUCUCCUCUUUCUUGUUUUCACACUACACUUUCCCUUUCUCUCAUGUCAAAGAUUCCCUCACCUCUCUCCGCGUGAAGAACAACAAAUCAAAGGUUCCUUCUUCUUUUCUUUCUCCGUAAGCUUCGGUUUUUCUUUUCUUUUUUUCCGUAUAAGAACUGGAUCUGGCUGCUACAAUAUGUUUUUCGAUUAAUAUGUCUCUCCUAUGAUUGGCGUAGGGGUACAGUUGAUUUGGUGAAAUUCAUUAUUUCCCCCCGAUUUUUCUAAAAAAAGGAGUUCUUUUUUUUGCCUUUCGUUGGAAAAGGGUUUUGUUGGGUAGGUGAAGUUAUUGACGGGAGCAUAAUUUGUUAGUUUUUUAGCUGGUUUUCCAAUCCUGUUCCAUGUGUUAGGUUUAGGUAGCUUUCCUUCAUCAGGGAUUAAUUGCAUCUUACUCUUUAGAUGCUUGUAUUUUCGAAGGUUUAGGUUUCUAGAUAUAAAUAAUAAUAUAGAAAAUAAAUGUGUAAUUCAUUUGAUCUUUUAGUUGAAGUGGUCCACAUUAUUCAAAUUUUGAUUCCUUCUCAUGUGAACUGUAAAAGCCUAAUAUUGUAUAUGAGUUUCAAGCUAACCGAAAAUUCUCUCUUCCUCAUAACCUCAGAUGAAACUUCUGAGUGCAUAGUAUUCUUUACCCAACUAUAUGUGAGCGAUCAUAUGUGUCACACUGCUGUGUGAUACUUGGCUUUGGCAAAAGACUAAAUCUUCAGAGUUUUCUGAUAUAUUCAUUCCAGUUUCCGGGAAGGAAGAGCUUGGGAUGCAGACUAGUAGCUCAUUGAUUGGUAUACCAAUAAAGAAGAGAAGGUUCCCAUUUGUUUUGCCUUCUUCGCCUCCAAGUGAAGAGCCAUCUUCUUGUCAUGAUGAAAGUGAUGCAAAGAAAAGACAAUCAGGUUCUAUCCCAAGAUCAUCCUUCAACCCUGUUGAUGCUAUUAACUCUGCCAGCAAAUCUGAUAGCAAAAAUCCUCUUGUGGAGGGAAAACAAGAAAGGCUAGCUGAUGUUAAAGAAGAUGGUACCUCUACCAAACUUACCAAGCGACCUUCUGGAACCAAGGCUACUGAAGCUGAUGAUGUGUUUGUCCAACCUUCUGAGGAACCUUCUGGAUUAAGUCCUAUUGAAGCAAAUGCUUCAUCUGCCCAGCUUAUGGAUGGAUCUUCUGGAUCCAAACCCGUCCACACAAAAAAUUCAUCUGUACAGUAUACGGAAAAACACUCUGCAUCUAGGCCUUCCGAAAUGGAAUUUACCUCAGACCAAUCUACUAUAGAUGGAUCUAAAUCUUUCCUAUCUAGUAAGGUAACUUGCCGGUUUCAAUCUUCCCAAGAAAACAUUACUUCUGCCCAAUCUAAUGCGGAAUCUUCUGGAUCCAAACUCCAGGUGUCUAAUGCAAAGGCUUGCUUAGGUCAUGCUGAUAAUGUUGACAAUGGUGUUAAGGCAGAUAUAGCUGAAAACAGCAUUGGGGUUGUAGAGAACACUAACGUGGGUGUUAAGAUGGAAACCACGAUCAAACAAGAUGACUGUCACAAAAAAAUCCAACCUUCUGUGCAUCCGGGAAGUGCCAAAUUGUCUAUAGGACGAUCACAAAGGCAAAUCCUUUCUUUGGGACUGCAAGAUAUAGGAGGUUCCGAGUUGUCUGGUAGUUUAGAUCCGUCAUUGUUAUCUCUGUCUUUAAACAAAGAAAAGGCAACAACUCAAAUGAGAAAUUCAAACAGUGGGUCAAGUAAUGUUAGUCGUGAUACUGAUAGAUCAAACUGGGAUUUGAACACUACUAUGGAUACUUGGGAGGGUUCUGGUGAAGGCUUUCAAGAAAAGGAUAAUAUUUGCAACAUGGGAAAGUCUAGUUUAAGCCCAUAUGGUAUGGAUGGUGCUUGCAAUGAUAAAGGGAAGCAAGUCUGUGGCUCGCCUGAGCAGAUAUGUCAUUUUUCAGCUACUUGUAUACAAUCUAGCCUGCCAUACAAGUCUGGUGAUUCACUUUGCCUUAGUCUUGGCAGUACUUUCCGUGGUUUGGAUUUAAGCAGGGCACAGUUCUGUUCAAUGUCAUCCAAGGCAGACUCAAUCUCACACUCUAAUGCUCCUCCAAGAACCAUUAUGAACUUGAAUGCUGUUGGUUGUGGAAAUGUAAAGGAAGAACCUAUUGAUAAUAGCUCACGAUCGGAUUACCCUGGUUCUAGCAAUAGUACUGCCAAAAUACUGAAUAGUAGUAAUUCAUUGAAAUUGAAACUUAUUGAGGAGGGAAACGUAGAACCUAUUGAAUUCGAUAUUCAAAAAGUGAUUGAGAAAAAAUCAAUAAAAUCUGAACCUAUGCAGGAACCCAAUCAAGAAACAUGUGGAAGGACGUCCAGCAUGGAGUUGCACCAAUCUGCUGGAAAUGUUGUACCAUCAAAAGAGUGUUCCACUUUUUGCGUGCCUUUGACACCUGAAAAGCCAUUCACUACAAAACUGCCCUCCUUUUCAGAGUUGUCCGUCAGUGGGGAGUUAUCCAAUCAAUCUGAGCAUUCUGUUCAUACUAAAGAAGUCAACAUUUGUAAGAAUGCAUUAGAUCAGAUAAAUGCUGGUAUGGUUACAAAAAAUGAACAUUCUGCUCUAGAAGAACUAAAUGCACCUUGUUCUAAGGCAGAGCUUGUAAAUGUCGACAGUUCAAAAACAUCCUAUUUGAAGCAAGCUAAUGAACAGUCUCAUUCUCUGGCUGCAAGUGGUGAGGGAUCUCUGAGUGGUGAACAAGAUAUGAAUAUAUCAGCUGACGUGGAAGAAGAAUCUUAUGGUUAUGAUUAUGAAUCGGAUGGUCAUCAUCAUGCUUUUAUUACUAAUGAAGAAGGAAGGCCUAGUGGAAAGGAAGAUGACGAUUAUGAAGACGGUGAGGUGCGGGAGCCUGUAUUAGAAUCAAAUUCAGAAAAGCCAAUUGUUGAGGGAUCAGAUACAGAAAAGGUUGUUGAAUCCCAUAGUCGUCCUAUGGGUGCUUUAGGUGAUGAUAAUGUUGUUCAAUCUGGUGUUGCAGGAAAAGAUGAAACCAUCACCUAUCAUCAGAUGAGAACUAUCACGAACUGUAUGGAAGAUUGUGGUGGGAUCACAGUUUCUGAAAAGAUAGUUGACCAACUCUCAGAAAGGGAUGGUUCUGCCUCAAUCUCGAUAUCAGAAAAUGUUCCAGAAAAAUGGUUCCAUGAUGCUAUGCCUGCAAAUGAUGAUACUCACCAGAUGCAUUUUGAUAAAGGAGCAGACAAUAGGCAAGGGGUGGACAGUAUAGAGGGUGUUUUAUGUGAUGUAUCGUUAAAUGGAAGCAAUGAGACCGGAGUUACUGUUUCCAAGAUCUCUGUUGACGAGGAUGCUAUCGGAACUGACGAAGGAGAGAAGUUAAACUCCUGUUUGGUCAAUCCAGAAACACCUCUAAAUGGAAAUGACACGAAGGAUUGUUGUGCAGUUAAGAGUAGGAUUAUCAAUUUGCCACGGGCUUCUCAUUCCACUUCCCCUAGUAAAUCCAGACCUGUCAUCAGUAUACCAUUGUCAUCACGAAGUGGAAGGGGGCGAUACUUUGAUGUACAGGAUGGGAAUUUUCAUCCAAGUGGGAAUAGAGGCGAAAUGUAUGGUGAUGGUUCAAACAAAUACACAAGGGACAGAUUUCGAGAACGGACAUAUGAAAGGUCCAACCAGGUAAGUUUCAUGCGUGGAAGAGGACGAGGUUCGGGUCGUUUUGGUCGGUCCCGCCGCGAUUGGGACUCUGAUCGUCAUUUUAGCUAUAAUAAUAAUAAUAACCGGAUGGAUGAUUACAGUUUUGGCAGUAGACAUAAACAACGUGCUUCUGCCAUUGAUGAUGCUAAUGUUGAACGGAAUGACUUUGACAUUUCACCACCUGACGGAGCUGUUUUGGGUCCAUCAAGUAGAGGAAGGAAACUAUUGAAUAGCGGGUCUCCUUCUUUUCGGCAUUCUUCAUCAAGAAGACUUUCUCCUGUUGAUAGGGGCAUUCAAAGACAUGGCACUAGGAUCCCUAGAAACAAUAGUCCCCCAAGUAGGUGUACUGAUGAAGACAGUUCUGAAAUGGUUGGACAUGGGCAUGGCGAAAGGUUUGAUAUGAUUGACUCCUCAUAUAAUAGACGAGAUGGGCAAUUCACCCGCGGUAAGAAAAUGUUCCCCACAUCCAUUCAAAGAAGAGGUGGUUAUUCUAGAGUGCGAUCAAAGUCUCCUGAUGAAUCAUCUCAAAGACAUUCCCCUUCUGCCCCUUGGUGUUCUUCUCGCCGAAGAGCUAUGGAAGGAUUAGAUGAAUCUCCGGUCAUUUAUCAUCGUGUAGAUAGGAUGAGGUCUCCCGCAGAAUGUGAUUAUUUUUCUGAAGAUAUGGCUCCUAGAAGGCGUAACUCCCCAUCAUACGCAGGCCCCCGUUCUACUAAUAACAUGAGGGAUGUGGAUGCUAUGCAAGAAAGAAGUCCUAACCACCAUCUCUUUGCCCGAAAUGCCCGAAGACACGAAGGUAUGAAUCGUCGAGAGAGAGUGGAUAGCGACGACUACUAUUGUGGGCCCGUAAAUUCAAGCAGAAAGUAUAGUGACAGACGGGGAAUUUCCCGUUCUUUCCGGCCUCCAUAUAAUAAUAACAAUGAUGAGAACGAAAAUUUUCGUUUUCAUCCUGGGGAUGAUGGACCUAGGAGUUUCAGGUGUUCUUCAGAUGAAGAUUCAGAGUUCUUGGAGAGAAACAGCACAAGGGAAAGGGAAAGGGAAUUUGAUGGGCGCAUGAAAAACGGGACCAGAAUUGCACAUAGUAGGAGAAUGAGAAAUGCUGAAGAGCAAGAAGGGAACUAUCGACCAAACGCCCCCCAAGUUUGGCAUGACGAUGGGAUGAAAAGGAGAAGGUUUUGACUUGUUUAUGAUAAGUCUUUGUAGAUACUACUACCCUUAGCUCAAAUAUCAGCCAGCAGAUAUGAGCAAGACAGAAAGGAGAUUUCCACAGUACUGAUUCCUCUAGACGAUGAGCAAAACAUUUUAAGCUUGUUUCUCCACGAUGUCUCAAGAUUUGUUGAAAUCAUUUUGAUACUUUGGUUGAGAAUAUUGCAUGAAUGUGAAGAUUUAAUUUGGGGGCAAGAUGGGGAAGAGAGCUUCUUUGACGUUUGUUUUUAUAAUAUAAUAAUAAUUACUUCACUGUUCAAAUUUAUGAGAGACCAUCUGCACUUCAUGUGGGUAACUAUUCCAAAGCUGGCUGGUGUGAGGUUCAUCUCUGGACAUCUCUUACUCUCUGCAUACUAUGUGCAUGAUAUACUGUUUUUCAUGGUCCAACAGGGGACUAUGUUGGCUUAGUGUUUGGGAGGGGGGCGGGGGGUCUGAUCUAUCUCCUGAUUGGAAGAGAAGAUGAUUGUUUUGCUGACUAUGAAUCUUGUGGGAGUGAGUUUCUUCAUUGAGAAGAAAUUAAAACCCUUUACUCCCUGGCUUUGUGGGGGCCCUCAAUAAGUCUUCUGAGAUGAUCCUAAGGUGCCCAAGAUCCAGUUUGGAAUAAAAAAAAAGCUAUGGAUUCUGUGUUUGGUUGUCCAGGGAUGAUUUGGUGAUUUACCCUAAUGUUAUGGAUGUCAAGAGUCAGAUAACCAUUGGUUUGGGGAGGAUGACUGAAGGUUUGUUAAAACAACGUGAAAAUGAAAACUUCAUCCUUACCUAAAAUGUAUCACGUGUCUAAACCUUCUUUUCGUCUUAAAAAAUGCUGUUUGAGCGAAUGGAGAUGAAGUUCAAAAGGUGCAAAUAAGGUGAACGAGAGAAUCUAAUAUGAUAAAAUCUUGCAAGUCAUUAAAAAAGAUCUAAAGUACUCCUGCCAUUUUUCAUGAAAAUUAAGAAAAAAGUUGUGUAGAGAAAUGAAAAAGUAAGAGAGAAUAAAUGAAACAUGCAAUUGUGGAUUUGCAGUUAUAUUUUGUCAAAAAUAAAAGGCGUACAUUGAAUUGCACUUGCGAAUGUUAAGAUUGACUAACAAUAACUGUUAAAUUAGCUUUAAUUCUUCAAGUUUACAUAUUUAGAUGAAAUUUAAAGUUCAAAUAAGAAUAUAACAAAAUUUUGAUAUGUUAAAUAAGUUUAUAAAAGAAAAAAUUGUUAAAUAGGUUUUUGUACUUUUACGAAAAAGUCAAUUGAGUUUGCGUACUUUAAUGUUAAUUAAUUUAGUCCGUGAAAUGUUAAAAAACAACCAAAUAAGCUAUUUAGCCGAUGACUUGCAUGUAAUUGGUUACUCACUUACAUGGAUAUCUAGCUGGCAUUUUUUAGUUUUUUCUAUUUUUAUAAUCUUUUAUUCUUUUUUUAUUUCUUCUUUGUCCUCUGCUCCCUGCGAAUCUGCAACUUCUUUCUUUCUUUCUUUUCUAUAAUACUUCGCUACGUAUGAACCAACCGAUCACCUUCCAUUAAAACAUUUCUCUCCGGCACUAGUUCAAGUUUCCUCCCAGAGUCCCGGUGAAUUGGCCCAUAUCCCAGUAAGAGCCUCGAACAAGUGAAAUUCCCCUUCUUGCAUGUCAGAUUUAUCACGCCAUACAUGGAAAUCCCUCCAUUGAUAGAUCAGAGGCCCCCUUUCUCACUCGGAUAGAAGUUGUUAAUCACAUUAAUAGCUUCCAGCUAGCCAAGACUUUGGAAAUAAGUCAAUUUUGGAUCGUGUAAGGGGAAGAUGUCAAAUUUAUCCCGACGUGAGCAAUUUUUUUCUCCCAUAUGAGGCGGAAGAUGGACUCGUUAGAGGCAGAGGGAGGGAGGCCCAGGUGUUCUCCGGCGCACUCAUCCCCGGAGGCAGAGACUUGAAAGAUCCAAACACGUCAUCGAUUGAGUUAUCCAGCUACGAUUGCAUCUUGCUGAAGGAGGUGGUAGGAAUGACUAGGGUUAAAGCCUUGUCUAGGGCCUAGGCGGUUCCGUCGAUAAUCUUGUUGGCCGCUCGACAUGUUCGAGAACCGCAACAAGAGUCUGCUAGGGCGGCUCCACUUUUGUCACCAUUACCAGGCCUCAGAAAAGGAAAGAAGUCGGCUUGACAGGAAGAAAGAAAGAGAAAAGAGAAAAAUAAAAAAUUAUAAAAGAUGUACUCCGUAUAAAACAGUAAAAAAGAGGGUUAGCUGGAAAUCCACGUAUGCAGAUGAUCGGGUGUUACCGACUUGAUUGACUCACUUUAAAGUACGAGAACUCGAUUGACUUUUUUGUAAAAGUACAGGGACCUAUUUGAUAGUUUUCCCUUUAUAAAAUGAAACUCUAUUGAUGAAGAAAAGUUGAUUUUACAAAUCAUUUUGGGACAAAGCGAAUAAUAUAUUCAAAUGCACUACUUGUAUGGGUGGACUUGGGCCGAUUCCGCAGUUCUUCUCUCCA